GUUUACAUUGCGGACCCAGCGUGCAGCGGCAGCCAGAGUUUGUUUGUCUCGGCGGGGCCGGGGUGGGCGUAGGGCCCCGAGCGGAGGAUCCCCGGGCUCGGGCGCUGCUCUGCCCGCGCUGCGGCUCGCCCGGCCCGAGGAGGCGGGACGGCCGGGCUGGGAGCCGCUGUGCGCAGAGGCGCGAUGGGGGCGGGCAGGGCGAGAACCCCCUCGGCUCCGCGCUCUCCGGCAGCAGGUGAACCAAGGAAAUUUGACCCAAAGUUCAGAGGACCUAUUCAUAACAGGCACUGUACAGACAUUAUUUGCUGUGUGAUCUUCAUAGUCAUCAUUCUGGGUUACAUUGCAUUAGGAAUUGUGGCUUGGGUGCAUGGUGACCCCAGAAAGGUGAUUUAUCCAACCGACAGCUACGGGCAGUUCUGUGGUCAGAAAGAUACCCCCAAUGAGAACAAGACGAUUUUGUUUUACUUUAACAUUCUGAAAUGUGCCAGCCCCGUAGUGUUAAUAAACCUACAGUGCCCUACAACACAGCUUUGUGUCUCAAAGUGCCCAGACAGGUUUGCAACUUACAUUGAUGUCCAGGCUUCCUACAGAUAUAGACCAGAUCAGUGGAACUACUUCAGGCAGUUCUGCAAACCUGGUUUUAACAAUCCUCGCAAGUCUGUUGCUCAAGUCCUACGUGAUGAAGAUUGUCCUUCGAUGAUCAUUCCAAGCAGGCCUUUUCUUAAGAGAUGCUUCCCAGACUUCUCCACCAAGAAUGGUGUGCUAACCGUGGCAAACCAGACUACGUUCAAGGAUGGAAGAGGGAAAACAAGAAAUGUCACUGAUCUCAGGGAAGCUGCAAACGGCAUCAAUAAUGUCCUGGAUGCAAGAUCAGUUGGAAUGAAAAUUUUUGAAGACUAUGCCAUUUCUUGGUAUUGGAUUUUAAUUGGGCUGUUCAUUGCAAUGAUUGUGAGUCUGCUCUUCCUUGUGUUAUUGAGGUUCAUGGCUGGGGUUCUCUUCUGGAUUUUCAUCUUUGGUGUGAUUGGAAUUAUAGGUUAUGGCAUCUGGCAUUGUUACUGGGAGUAUGAUCAUCUCAAAGGAAUACCUGGAUCUGACCUCACUGUUUACGAUAUUGGAUUCCAGACAGACUUCAGAGUGUACCUGCAGCUGAGGCAAACAUGGUUAGCGUUUAUGAUAAUACUUUGUGUUGUUGAGGUCAUAAUCAUACUGAUGCUGAUCUUCCUAAGGAAUCGUAUCCGGAUUGCUAUUGCACUUUUGAAGGAAGGUAGUAGGGCUAUUGGCUAUAUAAUGUCUACGUUGUUCUACCCAAUUGUCACCUUCGUUCUCAUUGCAAUUUGUAUUUCCUACUGGGCUGUGACAGCUGUUUUUCUGGCUACAUCGGGAGAACCUGUAUAUAAAGUAAUGGCUAAUCAAACACUGUGCAAGUAUGCAAAUCUGACGUGUGACCCAGAGACUUUUAAUAGAACCAAUGUGACUAAAGUGUGUCCGGGUGCUCAAUGUACUUUUGCGUUUUAUGGAGGAGAAAGCCUGUACCAUAAGUACAUCUUCAUCUUCCAGUUGGCCAACGCCUUUGUCUUUCUCUGGCUGGUGAACUUUGCAAUUGCACUGGGUCAGUGUACCCUUGCUGGUGCCUUUGCCUCGUAUUACUGGGCCUAUCGAAAACCAGCUGAUAUUCCACUGUGGCCACUCUUCUCUUCAUUUGGACGAGCAAUACGGUACCAUACAGGUUCGCUGGCAUUUGGAGCCUUAAUUCUUGCAAUUGUCCAGCUUAUUAGAGUAAUACUGGAGUACUUGGAUCACAAACUGAAAGGUACACAGAACUCCUUCACUAGAUUCCUACUCUGCUGCCUCAAAUGCUGUUUCUGGUGUUUGGAAAAAUUCUUAAAAUUUAUAAACAGAAAUGCCUACAUCAUGAUUGCCAUAUACGGUAAAAACUUCUGCACCUCGGCAAAGGAAGCGUUCUUUCUGCUCAUGCGGAACGUGGUGAGAGUUGCAGUUCUGGACAAAGUUACAGACUUUCUUUUGUUCCUGGGGAAGAUUCUCGUGGCCGGUGGUGUAGGCGUCCUCGCGUUCUUCUUCUUCACCCGCAGAAUUCCGCUCUUUGCGCAGGAGGCCCCCGCGCUCAACUACUACUGGGUACCAUUGCUGACGGUCAUUAUUGGCUCCUACCUAGUUGCACACGGGUUCUUCAGCGUCUAUGCAAUGUGUGUUGACACACUUUUCCUCUGCUUUUGUGAAGACCUGGAAAGAAAUGAUGGAUCUACAGCAAAACCCUACUUCAUGUCAGCCAGCCUUCACCGAAUUCUGGGGAAGAAGGAGCUAAGCCCUAAGAAGGCAGUGGGAUAACACACAUGAGACCUCAACAUCCAAACAGUGUCACUUUUAAGCAAAACGUGUAUAAAGUAGGCAAAAGUAAAAACCAUAAAUGAUGCUUCUGGUUAAUGGGUGAUUCUUUUUUCCUUUUGCUUAUAUCUAAAGAAAAAUGAGCAACAUUGGUAACGUUUAACUAGUUUGAAUGCAUAAACUAACAGCUGUGAAAACAAGGCCACGUUUUAAUUUAGAGUGCCUAUGAAAAGGAAAAUGUAAAUUUGAAGCUUUUUUAAGUCUAUAAUGAUGUUUUAAUAACUUUUGUAAUACAAGUUGCUGCCUUAGAUGACAGCAGUUUUGAUAAUGUUUCUUUUUAUAAGUGUAUAUUUGUAAAAGAAAUUCAGGCAAUUUUUUGAAAGCACUAACAUAUAACCUAAUUAGCCAUAAAAAGAUAGUUUGAGAUGCUCUAGUUAAGCAGAAGAUGGUACUAAAUUUGUAAAUAUGGUGCUAUGAUUGUAUUUUUUUGUACAAGCUGGUUCACAGCUAUUUAAACUGUGAUUAUACAUGCAUUAAUGAUUCCCUACACUGAAAAAUGUAGUGAUAUUUUAAUCACAGCCACAACUGCGUCUUUUAAGAAGUGAUGGUACCCGCAGGUCCCAAAGAAGUUGGUCACAGAGGAUUAUAGUCGAUGCUGCUUCAAGUGACGUUUCUUGUGAGUUGUGCUUAAAAGGUGACAUAACCGAAGGUCCCACUGCACGUGGUUUGUGGUUCACGCAAAUGAGAUUUCAUCGGGUACAAGAUGGUGAAUGUAUCAUUUUCAGCUGAUGCCCAAGAGAGAUGCACUUGUGUCAAUAGCCCCAUCUCUUAACGAGUCUCUGAUUGUGUUCUGCAUUAUGAGGGAGUUGAGCUUCACUGAAAGGAAAACCAAAUGUGGUCUUUUUUUUCCUGGAAGAGAGUCUUGGCACAAGGAAUUCCAUUGCUCUGCCUCGCUCAGAAGGGCUCCUUAACGAGACGUUGACCAGCCGGGGUGUUGAGGGCUGGGGUGUCCUCUCCGUGGGUCUGCAGGCUCCGGUGCUCACACAGUGAGGUGUUGAGACAUUGAACUCGAGUCUCCUUGUGAUACAGGAUGAAUUACUUAGCUACUGAAAGAUGCUCCAAAAGAUUUAGUUUGCUUUUUAUUUAUUAAGUUUCCCCAGUCAUUAGUACAAAAUCUAUUAGUAGCAAGCACAUUAACAUUGUGUUCAGUUCUGUGACCCUCCUGUUGGUGGAACUGUCACCGAGGUCAGGAGCAGCUCUGCCCAGGGAACAGGUCUCAUCCUGGAUCCCUUCUCAAGUCUGUUACUGCCAUGAGCUGAGCUGAAAAGGUUUUAAUGUAUUCGUUUUGUGGAAUCAGAACCACAGAUGGGUUGGGGUUGGAUGGGCCCUCUGGAGAUCAUCCAGUGCAACCCGCGCUAGGCAGGGUCACCGGGGCGCCCGAGGACCCAGCCAUGGUGAGGCCUCCCCCUUCCCCCGUGUACUGGAUGAGCUGUUGUGCUGCUGUCUGCUCCCCAGGUUCGUGCCGUACCCCUGCCAGAUAUGGUGCAGGAGCUCAGCGCCUAAAAUGCUUUUCUAGCCCCAGGAGUCCAUUGGUGUCACAAACAGAAAGGCAAAUUCUUUUCCAGAAGAUCCGAAUGCAAGUUUCUGGGCAAAACUUACUGAUGUUCCCCAUCCCAAAGUAACUUUGCGCUGUAACUUGUGGUUCUGGUUGGUGGCUGUGACCGCUGCCCAGGCAGUGCUGUCCCCGUGUGGGUCCGGGUGGUGCUGGUGCAGCGUUGUCACCGCAGCUGUGCCAGGAUCCCGAGCACAGGGCAGGGGAUCCCGUGUUGUCUGUGGGAUCCAGCAGGCACUGCAGCCCUUUCCCCACAGCAGGAAUGAGUGGUUCAGUGUAGGACCCAAGUACUGUAAAGCAAAGGUGUGUGGUUUCAAACAUAACCACAGAUCGUGGGCACCUUCCGUGUUUGGUAACUCCUCUGGAGAUGCCCUGGAGUAAACCUGACCUUCAAAUAGGGCUGAGAAACCUGCCUUGGGAAAAAUCAGGCUCUUGACUGAUGGUUUUCAUCACCAUCAUUAUUCUUACAUGCAUGACACUGAAUAUGCAACCCCCCCAUUAUUCUAAUAUCUUCUGAGAAUUAAGUCAGUAGCAUUUUGGAGUACAAGUCACCAUUCUGUGAUUUAAAAAGCUGCUGCUCUGAUUACUGUCCAUGUGCUAAAACACUUUUUUUUUUUAAUGCUGUGUGAUUAGUUUGCAGCUAAAGAAACUGCAUUUAAGUAAUCGAUAUUUCUACUGGACUUGAGUGGCUUACUGGGAGCUCAACUGAAAAAGCAUAUUUCUGAAUACAGCGUGCUUUUUUAUCAUGUGAAUGUAACCAUAGAGUUUACUAGGAAUGAAACAGAAUAGAAAUAGUAUACAGUUAUUUGAUUAGAAGACUUUUGUAACAAACCUAUGCAUUUACUAAAGGAAUUUCUAAAAGUUAAAGUUUUAAAUUGCAUUAUUAUUUAUAUACAGUAAAAUAUAUAUAUAUGUAUAAAUUUGCUCCACUCACUAUUUUGUGAAAUUAUUUAGAAUGUAAGUGAUCAUAAUUUCUGAGAAGAAAAUUUAAAAGCCAUUUUCUUAGUGAUAUAAUUAUGAGAACUGUGAAAAUACUGAGCAAUACCAUGUAGAUUUUGUAAUCAAUAAAUUGAAUAAAUAAAUAACAAUGAUUUAAUAUCAAGAUUGGCUUUUAAAAAAUAAAUUGCUAUUGAUGAAUUAAAUAGAAAUUAAUGCAAGUAUUUACUUGGGAAAGUAUGACUUAAAAUAUUUGAAGACUAACUUAUUAUAGUGGUUCCCAACUAACCCUGUGGCCGGAGUCUGCAGGCUUACAGCACGGAGGAAGUGCUAGUAGUCACGUUUAUGGAUUUGGACAUUUGCUUUGUUGCAUGAUUUAGUAUAAAAUUUAAAGUUCCGUUCUUCAGAGAGUGGAACAUGCAGCUAUUUAUAACACGGUAAAACACGUCAUACAGGGUUUGCUGCUGAGCCCAUGGGAGUCAGUGCUGUGGGCUCCCCUGGUGCCGUGGGGUCUCCAGUGCUGGGCAAUCCCCAGUGUUACGGGACCCCCUGGUGCUUUCAGGAGCCCAGCGUUGUGGGAUCUUCAGUGCUGGGGGAUCCCUGGUGCUGUGGGACCCCCCACUCGCGGGGCUCAGCCGGUCCCUGGGCGCUGCGGGAGCGGCUCUGGUGGGGCAGCGGGACAUGGGCAGAGCAAACUGAGCAAACUCUUGUGAGGAUCUCGAACAAGCAGAGUGUAGAAACUGAGACAGAGGAAAUGCAAUCGUACCCACACAAUCAAUUUUGGUUUAGUCCAAGUUGGAUCCAUUGUGUCUCCCUAUGGCAUGUUAAUGGGUGGCUUUCAUUUACAUGUUUUAUACCAAAGUUUUAAUGUCAAGCCUUCAAAUGUUAAGAAAAAAAAGUGACCCCAGAAAACAAGAAAGAUGGGAUCAUUUCUUACGCUGAGGGGUUUUUUUUCCAAGUAGUAUUCAGUAGCUGAUUCUUGGCUGUUACAAGGAUGCUGAAUAGUCUUUUAAACAUUAGUAUUUAAAAGUAUGAACUAUUUUACUGUUGCACGUUCUGCUGUAGAACAGGAAAAAGAUGUUGGCAGACGCAAUGUCAAGCUGGUUCUGGGCUGGUCAGUGAGUAUUGUUCUACAAAUGGGUACUCAGAGGAGUGACCGUGAAGAACAGACUGACUGUGUUUGGUGACGCAGAAUGUCCCGUGGACCAGUCGCUCGGCCUGGACGCUGCGUCCUCGCUGACAAAGUGCCUUACUGGCUGUUGUUUUACCUGACUUGUAUUUUGAAGUUUAUUCACACCAUGUAGACUACAAAACAGAAAAGGCUAGAUAGGAAAAACAAUAUCGUCAUUAUUUUGAAUUGAUAUAAAACGAUGUCAGAUGUGUUUGAACUGCGUGAUGCAGCACAUGAAUUUCCCAGUGGCUGGUGUCAGGUCAUGGAAGUUACUGCGUGAUAUGCGAGAAAACACACGACAGUUGUGGUGUUGCAAGUAAUUAAAUAAAACAAUGCAAGACUGUUCCAUAUUUAGUAGUAGAUUUUUUACAGCUUUAAUUUGUGGUGUAGUGAGGUUCUGGGUAGGGCCUGUUCUGCUCUCUGUUACAGUGGUCACACGUGUCGUACCCGUGUAACUGUGGGGAGAACGGGGCUCCUGCUGCUUAAAACAGAGGGGAAAAAAGCAAAUACAUAGUGUGUUACUGUAACACAGCUGUUGGCAUGUUCAUAAACAUAACUUUCACUCUCCAUUUCAAGACUGGUAAUUUGCUAUUCUGGGAGUGUUUUAUAAAUUAUUCUAAAUUUUUUAACUUUUGAUACAGGUGAUGAUUUUUGAGAUAAUAUGUAAUUUGUACUGCACUGUAAUCAAAUUAGAAAUAUAACUGUUUCUUCAUGUUUAAGUAACACGAGUGCUACUAAUGUUAAAAUUAUCUGUUACUCUAUGCUACAAAAUACCACAUGUAUUUGUCCCAAAUAAUGAGUUGUAAAAUCACGAAAGAGGCUCUCCAAGGUUUGAGAAACCAGAGGGAGGUUACUAUUCAUUCAUGUGAUCGUUAAGGGUAUAUUAUUAUCUUGCCAAAACCAAAUUAACGUGAGCAGGACGGUUUGAGCUCUAGACCCUGUUUGCUUCUGCUAUGCAGAAAUUGGGAACGUAUUUAAAUAUGUUUGAUAACGCAGGUGUUUGAUUUUGCUGUUCUGUCACUGUUUUACAGCUCUUGGGGAUUGUUCUAAUAAAGUUUGGAUACAAA